CUGAAACGAUUAUACCGAAUACUCGAUGAUCGAUCGAUAAUGAACAAAAGAACGAUUAAUCGUUUGGCAAACGAUUACCGAUUAUUUUUUGCGCGUUCUCAACAUUUUUCAAGAUUUUGUUGUAAAAAAUCAAGAAAAUUGAAGGCACUUUUCGUGCAUCCGAUACUCGCGCGCGGAGCUCUUCGCGGGACCAGGGAGCACUGCAUGUACAUGUGUACGGUUGCCCUGCACUCGUCGUAGUCCUCAACGCGGUGCCAGGGAGCCCUGCACGUAGACCUAUGUGCAGUAGGGUGGCCUUGUGCUGGCAGCAGCUCUACCCGGUAGAUCUACCAGUGCUAGGGAGCCCUCGAGGGCCUCCGCGUUGUACCCGUACACUGCAUGCAUGCUUGCGACAAAUUUUAUCGAGUGCAGUGGUUUCGUAGUUUCAUCUUGGAAAGACUUCGGAAAGACUUCGGAAUGGCGUCCAGAACGAAGCGUUCUCCGAUUUGGGAGUUCUUCAACGAUCCAGUAGAUAAAAAAGUUGAGUGUAAGCAAUGCGAGAAGAAGCUUGUCUACACUGGUGGAACGACAGCCAUGCGCGAGCAUAUGAAGCGCGCUCACCCGCUCCUUUUCGGUAGAUGUGACGGUGAGAAGUCGUCGGCAAAGCAGUCAUCGAUGCUGCAGCACGUUGCUGUGAAGCCCGCGGCAAAGCAAAUGUCUGCGUCGACUGCCAAAGAAAUCACCGGCAGUCUGACUGACUGGCUUGUUCGUGAUCUACGGCCGUUGUCGAUCGUCGACGAUGUCGGGUUCCGUGACCUGAUGGGACGGGUAUCGCCCGGUUACGUGAUUCCGUCGAGGACUCACGUCUCCAAGCUGAUCGGGCAGCGCCACACCACUGGUCUCUCUGCCCUUACGAGUCGAUUGAAGUCCGUCUCUGGCUGCUGUCUAACGACGGACGCCUGGACAUCGAAGGCUACGCAGUCGUACAACACUGUAACUGUGCACUUCGUGACCGAAACUUGGGAAUUGGAGAGCGCUGUUGUCGAGACUGCUCUCUUUCCAGGCUCCCACACCGGCGUGAGGAUCGCGGAAAAGGUAUCGGAUGCAACGAAGAGAGUGGGACUCAAGCCUGCUCAGGUAAUUGCAGUGGUGCACGACGAAGCGAGAAAUGCGGAGCUUGCUGGUCGACACCUACUCCAAGAUCAUGGCUGGGAGUCAGUGACCUGUUCUGCCCAUCUCCUUCAAACGUGCGUGCGACAUGUGCUUGAAGAUUCAGCUCCUGCACAGAAAUUGUUGAGUGCUGCCAGGAAGUUGGUUGGGCACUUUCGCCAUAGCAGUCAAGCAACAGAGGCUUUGCUUGCAAAGCAGGUCCAGAUGGGGAGCACAUCACCUGUAAAACUGACCCAGGAUGUGCCUACGCGUUGGAACUCUGCACAUGACAUGCUGAAACGUCUGGUUGAGCUACGACUGCCCGUCAUGGCUGUACUGACUGCUCCAGGCCAAAAUCGGAACUUGCUCUUGAAGGAUACCCAGUGGACACUAGCCGAGCAGCUGACAGCAGCCCUGGAACCACUGAAAGCAACUACAACAGUAUUCGGCGGCCAGAAGUAUGUCACCUCUUCUCUCGUGCUGCCUGUUGUGGCCAGUCUUAUCGAGAGGUACUCUGAGCCUGUGGAGGACACCUGUGUUCGUGCUGUGGAGAACAUUCGUGCUGCACUUGUGUCAGAGUUGCAGGUUAAAUUCCGUCUGUCAGACGUGACAUCGGCAUCCCCCCUCGUGCUCGCUGCAGCUUUGGAUCCCAGGUUCCGUGGCCUAAAGUUCACGUCCCAUGUCCUGUGUGAGCCGGAUGCUAUCAAGGCUGCACUAGCUGAGGAGAUGAAGAAGCACACCGCUCAACCACCUUCUGUUGUCGCGCAGGAACCGCAAGCCAAGCGCAAGCCCGAGGACACAGGCCUUCAAGCUCUGCUGCAUGGAGCCGUGUACGAUGCCACAGCUGUGGAGAAUGAAUCGCCUGCCCAGGAAGUAGCACGGUACUGCAGUGAGAGGAUGGAGGGCAUUGAGAUCAAACCUCUGGAUUGGUGGAAGUGCAAUUCCACCAGGUUUCCUGGUCUUGCUGUCCUGGCUCAGAGGUAUCUCUCUAUCACAGCUACAUCAGUACCGGCUGAGCGUGUGUUCUCUGCUUGUGGCGUUCUUGUCAACAAACUUCGCUCGUCCCUGGCACCAUCAUCCAUUGACGCUAUGAUCUUCUUGGCGAAAAACCAAAUCACAGUUGCACCAGAGCAAGCCGAGGAGGAGGAAAUGCCAGCGCUGCCUAACCUGGCUGCCGUGGAGUGCCAGCUUGUUGUCAGUGGCUCAGAUUCAGAGCUAUCUGGGACCAGCACUGACUCUGAUUCUGAUGCCUCUGAGUGACACGUAUAAUUAUGAACACUGAAUAGUACACUAUAUGAGUAUACUAGAUUUGCUUGAAGUUGUAGUCACUUACCGCCAGUCUCUCAGAAUUCUCUUUACGUCUUCCAUUCGUCCCUUCGCCCCAUUAUACCGUCACAGCUGCUGCCUGCACCGCGCAUUUCAAACUUGAUCCUCUUGACAUAUAGCAGCCACCAUAUCCGGUCGUUUGAAAAAGUGCUUGAAAAAUGUGAAAAAUCGGCGUGUUGGAUAAUAUUAUAUUGCAGCUCGUUAAAGGUUAUAAUCGUUAGAUCGAUCGUUAAGCAAACGAGUAAUCGGUAUGCAAAAUUUUGCGAUCGUUUCAGCCCUAAUUUUAUUACUUCGACCAUGCGAUCACCACGGCAAGUAACGUUAGUUAGCUAUGCGAUAUGAAAGUACUGAUGAAAAUCAUUAGUCUUCAACACUCUGUACAAGACGUUGGCGACUUUUGUUCUAUGUUUACAGAUAAUUUCUUCCGAAUUGGUCGAGAACUCACAAAUCUGGCGCUUUUGAACAUUGACGAAAUACUCGAAAUAAUCGGAUACUCGAUCGAAUAUUGUGAAUAAGUGAUCGAUUGGUCAAAAUAGAUACUCGUUUCACCCCUAUUUGAAUCUAUUGUGUUGUCCAUCUCUCCUUUUCAUGGUGUGCAGACUCCGCUGCAAUCCAAUUGAUUGGCCAAGCCAAUCACCGAUACUCCAUUGAACUGGUCUCUGUACUGCAUUCGAAAUCAAAACAAAAAAGAAAAUUCAACUAAAAUAUCGGCCCUGGCUCCAGGAUGAUUAGAAACUCUCUAUGGUUACUGAUCUUAUGUCUGUGUGUUGUUUUGGCUGUGAUCUUGCUUCCUUACAAUGGUGUAGGGAGAGUAGCAGCUCGCCCACUGCUGAUGAUGCGUCAAAGACAGAGGAGCCUA